AUAUAUUACGGGAUGGACAGCGAGUCUCCGCCCAUAUACCUGCCACUCGGCGACAAGAACAAAAACUAUCUGGUCACGAUCGUCAUCACUGUUUCUGACACGGAAGGAGCAAGCUCAAGGACAACCACAACUGUCCAGGUUAACGAGCCGGAGGAGAUGGAGGACACGGCGACCCUGCUGGCGCACACGGACUCUGAGCUGAGCGGUCUGCUGGAGGCGGGAGACACCAGCGCCGCGGUGGAGAUCGUCAACAUGGUCACCUCCGUCAUCAACACCAGGGAGGACGGGGGGCAGCAGGAGGAGGAGAAGAAACAGCUCCGUGGGGUCCUGGUAGAUAGUUUGCAGAAGAUCCCGAUCCAGACGCUGGACAACCUGCGGCAAACGUCAGCCGCCAUGGCUCAAGCUACGGAGAAGGAUGAAGAACUGUCAGAGGAUGCCCAAGUUUCUGCUGCUUCUAAGAUAGAGGAAAUGGCGUCGUUUCUACAAACGAAGACACAGGAGGGCACGACAGGCGGGGCGGAGGUACAGUCUGCUGCCGAGGUCCUGGUCGCAGGGGUGGCAAACAUCGUCAAGGCCGCCGCUAAGAAGGCACCGAAGGAGGCUGCAGAAACGGAUGACCAACCCAGUGUAUCUGCGUCCUCUUCCACGGUGAUGAAGCAGUCUCUGAAGGCCAUAGCUGAGGUCCAGGAGGCUAUCCUCAGUACCAAGGCUCCUGGUGAGGAACCCACGGUCCUGGCCACCCCCAGCCUCGCUGUCAUGGUGCUGCGCGAGGAACGCUGGGAUUUCCAGGGAGGCGUCCAGCUGCAGGAGAGUCAUGGCAGCUGGUUCUCACUGCCGACUGGAGACAAGCUGUUUGACGAUGACAGCGUGCGAUUUGAUCAAGUUAUCGACAUGCACAUGAACCAUUUCGACAAUAACCCUUUCCAAUGGGCUGCCAACGUUAGCCUGGAACAGAAGGUCGCUUCCCUGGACUUCAGUACCCUCGGUGACCACAUCCCCUCGCGGAAACUCCCGGAGAAGGUGGACAUCGCCAUCCCACGGGACACCAGCAGGGAUUCCUGGAACACCAUUGAGUUACCAAACGACGUCUUUGGGAUUAAAGCGUUUAUCAACUUUAAUAUCUCUGAAUCUUAUGAACGCCACGUGGUAAACGUGCUGGUAAGGCCAUCUAUCCCGGAUGCCCAGGUCACCAUAUACCUCCGAGAGGACGCAAGUCCAACCUACGCCAACUACACAGCCGUGGGAAGCCUGCCGUAUGUGGGUGACUAUGCGGUGGAGGUCGGUACAGACGGGAACAUCACGGCUAAUCCCUACCUGUGGCAGAUCGGCGUGCUGAACUCCACGUCUACAUACUAUCUGGGUAUCACCUAUAAUGAAUCAGCUGUAGAUGGAGAGAAUCUGGUGCUGGAGCUGUUACUGUUCUCCACCACUUGUCUCUACUUCAACCAGACGUCCUCAGCGUGGGAAGACGAGGGGUGCCAGGUUGGCCCGUUGACUACGCCUAAUCUCACACACUGCAUCUGCGACCACCUGACUCCGUUCGGAUCCCAGUUCUUCUUCCCGCCCAACAAGAUCGACAUCUUAGCGUCUCUGAUGAAGUUCAAGAACAUCGCGGACAAUCCGGUCGUCACCAUCGUCGUAUCAGUCAUCCUCGCACUGUACUUAAUGGCAGUGGUCUGGGCACGAAGAAAAGACAAGGAAGACGAGACUAAAGUUGAGACUAUGGCCUUACAUGACCUUGACCCGAUGGACAUGUAUCGAUAUGACGUCACCAUCAUCACCGGAUUCAGAAGGAAUGCCGGGACGACAGCCAGUGUCAGCCUCCGUCUAAUAGGAGAGGAAGGCGAGAGUGAGACCCACAUGGUGUCGGACCCCGUGAGCGACAGGAAGGUGUUACAGCGCGGCGCCAUCGACUCUUUCCUGGUCACCACCCGGGACUCUCUGGGCGACCUGAGGGAGAUCAUGGUCUGGCACAACAACGGUGGCAGUAACCCGUCCUGGUUUCUAAGCCGCAUAAUGGUGCAGGAUCUGCAGACCAAACAGAGAUGGUACUUCAUCUGUAACAGUUGGCUAGCUGUGGACAUGGGGGACCAAGAGGUUGAAAAGCACAUCAGUGUGGCUACUGAAGAGGAGCUCCACCAGGCGUCCACCCUGUUCGCCACCAAGGCUGUGUUCGCGCUACAGGACGAUCACCUCUGGUUCUCCAUACUUGCCCGGCCUGCACGAAGCAGGUUCACCAGAGUACAGCGCCUGACCUGCUGCGUCUCCGUGCUGCUGUGUCAGAUGCUAACUAACAUCAUUUUCUACGGCACGUCUGACGAGUCCUCAGGAGCGGACAUGAGUGUUGGUGUCUUCCGUAUAACGUGGAAAGAACUAGUGAUCGGCGUAGAGUCGGCUCUCAUCGCCUUCCCCAUCAAUUUCGUCAUUGUGGCCCUCUUCAAGUACUCAGCAGAUAAGCCUGAAGUGGAGAAAAAGGAGCGGAAACGGUGUAGUUGGGCGUGGAAAUGUUGUUGCAAGGGUGCUAAUAGCGAGAAGCGUCGCCCUAGUACAAAAACUGUGCCAAAAUACUGCGCGAAAGAGACGUCGGAUUAUGCCGAAAACGCUGCAGCUGUUGGCCAGGAAGAUGUGAUCGACGCGCCGGGUGGAGAUGCGGCUGUUGACGGCAAUGCCAGAAGGACUCGACGUAAGAAGAAGAGCAUGAAAACAAGGAUCAGAAGUUGCUGCUGCUGGUUCUCUCCCAGUGAGUCUGACACUGAACUGACCGAGGACGAGAAGGCGAAGUUAUUCAUCAAAGGCAGGGGCACGAAGGAGUUACCGUGGUGGUGUGUGUACGUGGCCUGGCUCCUAGCGGUCCUCGCCUGUCUUACAGCAGCGUUCUUCACACUUCUGUAUGGAAUGGCGUAUGGAAGGCAGAAGUCUAUCGACUGGCUAGUGUCAAUGAUCAUUGGAUUUAUACAGGGAGUGUUCGUUCUGCAACCUAUGAAGAUGCUGGUCAUUGCUGCUAUCGUUGCUGUGAUUAUCAAGAAGUUGGAUGAGGAAAACUGGGAACCGAUCGUGCCUGAGGAACAUCUUGUCGAAAGCGGGUCUUGGACUUCCGUGGACAUCCAACAAUUUCGAAAGGACCUACAGAAGAGACGAGAGGACCCCGUUUACAAACCCCCGCCUCCUAAAGACUUGGCGAAAGUCAGAGCAGCAAGGAAGAAGAACGACGCCAUGUUCUUCAUAGUUUACGAGACUGCGUCCUUCAUGCUCUUUGCGUUUCUUAUACUGACCAUCGCACACACCAUGGUGGAGCCCAACGCCUUCCAACUGGGAAACAACGUCCAGGAGACUUUCUUGGGUGGCGUUGAAGAGAUUCAAGAUCGCUACGACGUGUACUUGUGGUUGGAAGAAGAGGUCUUCAUGAACCUGUACGACUUCUCCAGUCCGUUUACAGCCGAUGGGCACUCUGUUGUGGUCGGGUCGGUCAGGAUGCGGCAAGUGCGCGUGUCGACAGAAAAAUGCACGGCACAGAAUAAGGGCAUGGUGGGCACGAGACUGCUAUCUCUCUACUUCGACUUCUGCAGCGAAGAUUACACCAGUGAUAACGCUGUAACGGAACAUUUCCUGCCCGGCUGGGUGAGCGCACCGAAGACAGCGAACUUCACCCCGAACGCCUCCAGCCCAUGGGUGUACCAGCACGCAGACAACAUUUGGUCGUCUUCGGGGUACGGUACAGGAGGGUACGUGGCGGAUUUUCAUGUCAAAACAGCAAACGCAUACUUCAAACUAUACGACCUCGAGGCGCUGACAUGGAUCGACCGACUGACCAGAGCCGUGAUUGUUGACUUUACGGUCUACAACGCGAACGUGGACUUGUUUUGUCUAGUCUCAGUACUCGUCGAGACGCCGGCGACUGGGAACGCCCACGCGGCGUCGACUGUCCGGAUGAUACGGCUCUACCAGUACAGGCACGCUAUAGACACGGUGCUACUGAUAUUUCAGAUAGCGUACACUCUUAUGACCAUCUACGAUAUCUACUCUGCCGUGCGAAGAAUUUUUGCUCAAAGAUGGACGUUCUUCAAGAACAUAUGGAAUCUUCUAGACUUCUUGAUUAUUCUCCUGUCUUUAGCUGCAUUCGCAGCCUUUGCAGCCCGCAUGAUACUCACCAGUCAAGCUCUUGCAAGUUUUAGGAAAAACAAAACUGCAUUCCUUAACCUUGUGCCUGUGAUUGUUGCAGACGAGGCGUUGGUGGCCGUUGUUGCCAUCAUCGCUUUCAUAGGAUGUAUGCGGUGUUGCAGGCUGCUUCGUGGCAACAACAGUCUGUACCUCAUCGAAGCAACCUUCAAACGGUCCAUCGGGCCAUUGCUGUCACACGGCCUCAUCAUAGUCAUCAUGAUGGUCGGUUACGCCAUGUUGGGACACCUUGCCUUCGGCCGCCAGGUCCAGUCGUAUUCAUCCUUAACCCGAGCUCUCGUCACAGUUCUGAACUUUGCCAUUGGGGCUUAUGAAAUGGACGACUAUCUCGCAUCACCGGCACUUGGUUUACUCUUCUUCAUCAGCUUCAUCUUUUCCAUGGGAUUCAUUCUCCUAAACUUCUUCGCCGCCAUCAUGAUGGACAUUUUCGCGGUGGAGAAGGAAGAGUUUGUGGUGCCAGAGGAGGGGGAAAUCGUGACGUACACGGUCGAACGCGUGAAGUCUCUUUUGGCGUUCAAAAAACGCCGUCCUGACGAUGAAGAUGGUAAAUAUCUUCCAGACAGCCUCCUAAUCUCUCCGUAUCUCCGGAGAAGGCAGCGCGGUGGGCAGCUGAGCGUGGACAUGAGUGAAUCUUCAUUUGAAGGCCCAACGUCAGCCUCCACCGAAAGCCUUGGUUUCGAGCCACAGCUCGAGUGGCCCCCGAGAAGCGUUCGUUUCAGUAACGUGAAGAUAGUGCACAUGGCGGACGACAGUGAUUUACGAGAACGACAAAGAAAUGUAUGA